AUGGCCAAAAUGAUCGUUAUCGUUGUCACCUACUUACUGGUCAUCACACAACAUAUCUGGGCAGCGCCAAAUUUACCAGAUUUAUUCAAGGAUGAUAAACUUGGUUUCCAUGUUGAUUCUACCUCAACACUGACUCAAGUUUUUACCACAGCUUGGCUUACUAAAGCUAAGCGAACAGAAGAGUCAUGUUUGGUCACGGGCUGUCCAGAGGGUGAACGAUUCGAAUUUUUCGACUACGAUUCCGUGGAUAAAGCUUUGUUAAAUAAGCCACAUCAAAUUAAAUCUGUCUAUAUCGACAUAGAAAAAGGUGAGCGCCAUUGUUCGCAACCAGUAACAACUGAAGUACUCGAUUUACAGCGAUCAGCCCAAAAGUACCGUAUUCGUGUAACCAAUCUUCUGGAAGUUGCGAGCGAUUUUGUGAAAAAAUGGAACGGUCAAUUUCAUGACAAUUUGAAUAUACAGCGUUCUAACGAUAUAGAAACAACAGAUCUGUCCUAUCAAAGCAUCCAGAUAAUAAGUACUAUGUCUACCCACACGAUCAAAAAAACUGGCUACGCAAUCAAAUUGAAAACCAUCAAAUCAGCACCGAGACUCUUCGAAGAAUGCCAUGAACGUACGCUUGAUGAGUAUAAUACAUUACAGUGUCAACUUGAGACGAAUACAUUUCCAUCUCGUCGUACAUGUAGUUGUGACUCAUCUUGUUCAAGCGAUAGUGCGGAUUCGAGUAUCGCGGCAUAUCAAGAACCAAAAUCGAGUAAUCAAUCGAUAUUCGCCACUAACGGUUGGAACUGUUCGUCGAAAUUGAUAUUAGCUAGUGCUGAUUUGAGUAAUCAGUGGGAGAUAGCAAAAAAACUAGAUAAGAAAGGUCGAGUCUUGUUAAUAAGCGACAAGUUAAAACGAAAACAGCUCGUUGUUUUCAAGAGAUGCGUAAAUAAUAAUGAACUACAAGCGUUGACAAUUCAGGAAGAUAUUGAUAAUGUAUCUCAACUGAUCGAUUAUUCCGCAAAGGAUGAUAAUCGCUGGACGAUUAUAAAACGUGCACCGGGAUUAUCACUUGAAGAAUUCAUUCAACGAAAAGGUAAUCAUGUUUUAGACAUACUUCAAGCAGUUCAAUUAGCUCAAAAGGUACUGACGAUCAUCAAAUGUAUUCAUUCCUAA